UCCAAGCCACCGUCGUCGACUUUACUUAGUACUCUCUCUCCCCUCCACCUUCCCAGAUUUCUCCUCCGUUCGGAAAAGCUCCAAAUUAUACUCUGAAAACCCUAAGUUUCCGAUGUCGAUCUUCGAGUACAAUGGAAGUGCCGUUGUUGCUAUGGUAGGUAAGAACUGCUUCGCCAUCGCCAGUGAUCGGAGACUCGGUGUCCAGCUACAGACUAUCGCCACUGAUUUCCAGAGAAUCUCUAAGAUCCACGAUCGUGUCUUCAUCGGCCUUUCUGGUCUCGCUACUGAUGUUCAAACACUGUACCAGCGCCUGGUGUUUCGUCAUAAGCUUUACCAGCUUCGUGAAGAGAGAGACAUGAAGCCUGAAACUUUCGCAAGUCUCGUCUCAGCCAUUCUUUACGAGAAGAGAUUUGGUCCUUACUUAUGCCAACCUGUGAUUGCUGGCUUGGGAGACGAUAACAAACCUUUCAUUUGCACGAUGGACUCGAUUGGAGCCAAAGAAUUGGCUAAAGAUUUUGUUGUAUCUGGAACUGCUUCAGAAUCGCUGUAUGGAGCCUGCGAGGCAAUGUACAAGCCAGACAUGGAAGCUGAGGAAUUGUUCGAGACAAUAUCACAAGCACUUCUCUCAUCAGUUGACCGUGAUUGUCUGAGUGGUUGGGGAGGACAUGUUUACAUUGUAACACCAACAGAGAUUAAGGAGAGGAUCCUAAAGGGAAGGAUGGAUUGAUCAGCUUCUUCUAUCCAAGAUGUUGUUCAUUGUUAUCCAUUUUCUAAGUAGCGUAACCUUCACAUCCCCGGCCGGCUUAAUCAUAUGACCGUUCCUUCUCUGAAAUUAUGGCUUCUGGAUGAUGUUUGAUCUUCCCCUCUUGGAUAUUUUUAUUUCAUUUCGUAGAGUUAAUGAAGACAUAACACUUGUAGUACC